AUGCAUCGCACCUACUCUAUGCGCCAGUCGCGAGCACCGACUGCCUCGCAAAUCGAGAAUCCUCCCCCACCGCCAUCCAGCACCAAGUCCGGUCGAUUGUUCGGUCGCAACAACUUUGGCCAUGCUUUCCGCAAAAACGCCGCGGGUGCCUUUGGCCCUGACCUGGCCAAGAAGCUCUCUCAGCUCGUGAAGAUGGAGAAGAAUGUUAUGAGGAGUAUGGAACAGGUCGGUCGCGAGAGGAUGGAGGUUGCUCAACAACUCUCAAUCUGGGGCGAAGCUGGCGACGACGAUGUUUCGGACGUCACCGAUAAGCUCGGCGUGUUGAUUUAUGAGAUUGGUGAAUUGGAGGAUCAAUUCGUCGACCGAUACGAUCAGUACCGUCUUACGAUUAAGAGUAUUCGAAAUAUUGAAGCUUCCGUGCAGCCUAGCCGAGACCGCAAACAGAAGAUUACCGAUGAAAUCGCAAAACUCAAGUACAAGGACCCCAACUCACCCCGAAUUGUCGUUCUCGAGCAGGAAUUGGUCCGUGCCGAAGCCGAGUCCUUGGUCGCCGAAGCACAGUUGUCAAAUAUUACUCGUGAAAAGUUGAAGGCUGCGUUCACCUACCAAUUCGAUGCGCUCCGCGAACACUGCGAGAAGAUUGCCAUUAUCGCCGGAUACGGAAAGCAUCUACUCGAAUUGAUCGACGACACCCCCGUCACACCAGGAGAAACUCGCCAGGCCUACGACGGCUACGAGGCCAGCAAAGCCAUCAUUCAGGAUUGUGAGGACGCGCUCACGAAUUGGGUCAGUUCUACCGCUGCUGUUCGCUCAAACUUGUCCACACGAUCACGUACAUUGUCUCAGCGACGACGAAACAAUAUCAAACGUCAUACUGAGGAUGCGGAAGAACUAAAGGAUCAUGACUCCUGGGUCCCCGCUGACCAACACGCUGGUUAUCAUGAAGACGAUGUGAGUGAAGACGGCAUCGUCGAAGAUGACGGCAGUAUUGCCCACAGCGGUGCAAACGGAGAAGUCCGUGGACGAGCUGAAGAGCGCGAACCUGUUGCUGCUUAAUCUCUCUCUCUCUCUCUCUCUCGUUUCCAACCAAAAGCAACAGAAUAAUUACUCAUUAGUCCUGUCUAUACCUGCGAUCUACAAAGUUUCCCCCUUUCCUAUUCUUUUCUGGGUUGAUGCGAUGUGAAGGAGUUGCCAUCAACACCGGAAGGCGUUUUGGACCUAUCAACUUUUUUUUAUGUAGUAUUUCUUUUUUUUUUCUUUCUCUCUCUUUGUUGACUUGACGAAAUAAUGCUUUUGUUUGUACUCGUGGGCGCUGACAGACAGAUUGUUGAUCAUGUACGGUCUGAUUGUAGGACGAUUAUCUUGUCUGGUCCGGCUGGUUGCCCAUUGCUUUGUGGUUAUUUGCUUCUCGUUUCAGUUUAUUAAUUAUUAAUAUGAGAAGUUACGAGUCGUCUGAUUCUAGUAUUCGGGUGUAUAACACUUCCCCCCUCCCCCUCCAAAUCAUGGAAUAAGAUGUGGUUCUUGAAGAGCAGAUAAAAUGAGAUGGCCCUGAUCCGACGACAGUCGAUAUUCG